UUUUUGGCUCAAAAAAAGCUCAAGCGCCCUUGUCUUCCCCCCGUCUUCUGUCAAACCCUUUCCCCAUGGCCCGCUUCGCGGUCUCCCUGCUGCUGGCCUCUGCCCUGGGCUCCAGAAUCCAAGAGAAGGAGCUGCAGUCGCUGGGCCUCGAGGCCGCGGCGACGGACGUGGACUUCGAAGCUGCCGCGGCGGUGAGCUCCUGCAGCAUGGUGAGCCCCGAGGCGGCGCGCGAGGACGAGGGCUACCGCGGCAUGGAGCGGCUCACGGAGCCCGGCUUCCAGGCCCCUCAGGGCGAGGCAGAUGGCCAGCACGUGCUCUUCUACGCCUAUGGGCCCAUGUUCAGGGGCUACGGCCAGAUUGGGGCCUGGAAGUACAACGAGGCCACCCAGUACAUCGAGUUCUGGUACUCCAAGAGCCACUGCAUGGGCAUGUGCACGUCCUGCUGCGACCACGGCAAAGGCAACACUCCGGGGUACAUGUCCAAGGCUUUGAACCCCUCGGCGGAACAGGGCACAUGGGGCGGCUACAAGUUGGUGAAUAAGUUUGCCCCCGGCGCAGAGAUUGAGUUUGACAGCUUCGGGAAGUUUACGCUGGUGAACAAGGCUGGAAGCUGGGGCCUCGAGCGAGAUGGCCAGAUCUUGGACCACAUCUAUGUCUGCAGCAAGUCCAACGCACUGCCGGCAUGGCGCGCAUAAACACGCAAGGGCAAAUCCAUGAC